AUUUAACAAUAACACUGCCCCAGAAUGAACAAAACUAGACGAGUCUUCCUAUAUUUUUCAAUAUGGAUUUUCUUGGCUCUAGUUUUUGUUAUUUUAAACAUUAUGAACCUGGACUGGGGUAAAACGAACGUUGUUCAAGGUAUUUUGGUGGUGAUUGUAUUGGGAAUUCUACAGGGCAGUGUUUUAGAGUUCCCCGUUAUGACAGUGGUAACUCUUAUUGUCGGCGGAGAUCAAAGACAAAGUAAGAAAGCGCGAUCUGAUCACCUGUCUCUAUGUUUGAACUAUAAUUUAUUGGCUCUAAGUAAAGACGACAUUGACGAAUGUUUACAGACAAUGUAUGAAGCUUUUAUUUAUAAUUUAUCAGCAAAUACGUGCGCGGUGCUUGUUUCGGCCACGAAUGACGAAGAACUGAAGAAAUACGAGUUGGAAGCACGAGACAAUUACCGCGGAUUGAUUUACGAUCAGUUAUUUCGUGAAGGAUUAUCUUACUCGGGUCGAGAUUUCAGUUCUGUGGAACCACUGAGACUAAAACAUGUUUGGGAGAAAUUCAAUGACGUGGAAUCAAGUAUUUUUGUGCGGGAAUAUCUAGAUACUAUUUGCGAUAAUUUCGCUAAAGAAUUUAUGGUGAUUCAUCGAACAAGUCGUGUCUUGAGAAAAUGUGGUCAGUAUCAAGAUCUAAUGCUCCUGUUUGACGGCGAUGAUGAAGCCUAUUCCUACUGCGAUCCGGAGUAUUACGGGAAAGCGGCUAGACCGUAUGGACAGCCUUUAUUCUACGACUCCGAAGACGUCGAGAGAAUUUACGGACGACAUACUGACUAUACGUUGGUUCUGGACGGAGACACGGGUGUUCCGAAAGGCGGGACUUUUGACCUGAUGGAAAUAGCCGCAGCUUAUCCGGAUCGUGGCAUCAUUCAACCGGCUAUAAAGCUCCAUUGCACCAGCAGCGACACGAUGUUUAUGCAUCUUGAAUCGAUGAGACAAUCUCUGUUUGAGCCCCUGACCAACGCCACAAUGGCAUAUUUUUCACAAAGUUCUUUCUUCGGCAAAGGUCUUAUUAAGAAUCGUGUAUAUAUUGACAAUGUUAUCGGAUACAGAGGAAAUUUAAUCGAACGCGUACCGAUAGAUGUUUUGAGUCACGAUACGUUUGAAGCGUCUUUACUGAAACCCCUAUACGCUGGUAGUGUGUAUCUUCUGGAGGCGCCAUCUUAUAAUUAUGUGACGUGGAACAUUCGAGAGCGCCGGUGGAACCGAGGAGAAGUUCUCUUAGCUUUCUAUUUCUGGGAAAACGCUGUUGGUGUUCCGAUGCGAUGGCUACAAAGCAAACUUCAGGGAGAAAAAUUCGUAGCCACAAAAUUGCGGACUAAGUCGAAAUUGGAUUUUGUGACCUCAUAUGUUGCUCAUUCAGCAUUAAGACAAAUGUUUAUGAAGCCUAUUUUGUUGUUAUAUAUCCUGUUACAUUAUCAAGUUAAUCUACGCUAUAGAUACGCCUCUAUAAUUAUUGUUAUGUUCCUAGUGCUUAUAUUCCCCAAGUUCGCAACAACAACUCGUAAAAACUUUAAAUUUGUCAUAAUAGAGACAGUGGCUUCCAUUUUACAGUUUACACCAGAAGCGUUUGUUGGUUGUGUCCGAAUAAUUCGCGCCAUUCAGGCCAAUGUCGGUGCCUCGGUGAAAUGGGUUCCACAGAGAGCUGUUGAAGAAGAUUUUAAGGCAUCAAAUCCAUUUGUGUCAAGUUUUAAGCAUUUGUGGGGUUACGCCAUUUUGGCCAUAAUCGCUGCUGUACUAAUUAUUAUCUUCGCUCCCAGUUCGGCCCUUAUUUUAGUCAUGUUAGGGACCUUAAUUUUACUGCCCUUUUACACGGGUUUUACCUCGCUUACUUUAGACUUUAGAAGUUCCAGAAGUUUAGAAAAUAGUAGGAAUAAUCUACUGACUGGCGUAUCGACAAUUGCUCAACCAGAUCCUAAAAUAGGGAACCGGGGUCUAACGUUUACAAACAUUACUGUGCCGACAGCCCCUCCGGACGUGGACAAUGCUCCUAUGUAUGACCCGUUCCGUCUUGUCAGGUCCCCCAAAUACUAAUCGUCCGAGCGACACUCCGUUCUCGGUAUUCCGGACAAACCAAACCUGUCAUACUAUUAAUAUUCCGAAGGAUACUCCCCACACAUCCGUUUCGUUUCGGCUGUCGGACAGCCCAGUUUGAUUGUAGACUGAUUAAUACUCCGACUGUGAUCGCGAUGUGGAAAUAUUUGUGGAAUGUGAGACAAUUGGUGACAAUGUCAAAAAUAUAGAUAAUGACAUGAUUUGUGAUAUGACUGACUAUGGAAAACAGUGGAAAAUAUGACAUUUUAUGGCAAAACUUUCGACUUGUUUGUGAUAUUUUAUAAUGCUGUAACUCAUUUGGAAGUGAGUUCGGUUGUCUCCGUUGAAGAUCCUAAUCGUCGUUAUCGCCACCACCACCAUCUUCAUUCUCAUCAUCAUCAGCAUCAGUAUCAUCAGUAUCAUCAGCAGUAUGUAACUCAUUUGGAAGUGAGUUCGGUCUUCAUCAUCAUCAUCAUCAUUAUAAUCAUCAUCAUGACCUAACAGUUAUGCAUUAGAGCCCUUCAA